AUGACGGUAAUAGUUACACCAGUCGAAAUAGAAAUUAUACCGAAUACUCUAAAACUCAAUCAUACAUCUAACUUAAAUCGAAUGUCAUUAAGUUUUGAUAUAAAUUUGGAUUGUCAUCCAGGUUUUGUUGGAAAAGAAUUUAAUAUUAGUGUUUGGUUAAAGAGAAAUCAAUUGGUGGAGAAGGAGAGUAUAUUCAAUAGAGACAUGAUUAGUGAAAAAGGAGUAAAGACAAUUACUAUUUCUUUGGUAGACGUUCAAUUCAGUGAUGAAUCGAUGUUCAAAAUAAUAUCAUCAAUGGAAUAUCAAUAUAUAGCUACUGGAGUUAAGUAUGACGGUCAAUUAACCUUUCGCAUGGUAGUUGAAGAUGGAAUACUAGGAUUGGAGAAUCCAUAUGAAGGAAAACAUUCGAUUGGUCAUUGCUAUUACCGUUACGACGAUGAUGGUUUUUGGGAUGCUUUAAAUACCUAUUCAAUAGAGUCAUUGUGUUGGUAUUUCUAUGAAGAGAGAUACAGAUAUUUCAAUUUGGGUGAACAACGAUUCAGUUUGAAAAAGAACCCGAAACCCCCUACUAUAGAGCAGUUUGCAGAUAUCGUUUGUUUUAAAGCAUCGAAAUCAUUUAAUGAUCAAGACAACAUAGGAUACAACCUGGAACUAGGUAGCAAGGAUUUCAAAAAUUUCAAUCAAAUCGGUUACAAUACACAUGAAUUGCUUGAAAUCAUUAAAUUGGGAUAUCAACACUUUUUAGAUUUGAAUCCUAUAGAGAAAGGAAAUCAAGAUCCUCUAGGUCAAAGAGAGUAUAGUUUAAACAUGGAUCAAUUUACCAUUUACUUUUAA